AUGAACUAUGCAACAUACAGGAACGAUGCAACAGACAGUGACUAUGUAAUAGACAGUGUCUAUGUAAUAGACAGGAACUAUGUAAUAGACAGGGACUGUGUAAUAGACAGUGACUGUGUAAUAGACAGUGACUAUGUAAUAGACAGGGACUGUGUAAUAGACAGUUACUGUGUAAUAGACAGUGACUGUGUAAUAGACAGUGACUAUGUAAUAGACAGUCACUGUGCAAUAGACAGUGACUGUGUAAUAGACAACAGUGACUGUGUAAUAGACAGGGACUGUGUAAUAAACAGGGACUGUGUAAUCGACAGGGACUAUGUAAUCGACAGGGACUAUGUAAUAGACAAGGAUUGUGUAAUAGACAGGGACUGUGUAAUAAACAGGGACUGUGUAAUAGACAGGGACUGUGUAAUCGACAGGGACUAUGUAAUCGACAGGGACUAUGUAAUAUACAAGGAUUGUGUAAUAGACAGGGACUGUGUAAUAGACAGUGAUUGUGUAAUAGACAGUGACUGUGUAAUAGACAGGGACUAUGUAAUCGACAGGGACUAUGUAAUAGACAACAGUGACUAUGUAAUAGACAGGGACUGUGUAAUAGACAGUGACUGUGUAAUGGACAGUGACUGUGUAAUAGACAGUGACUAUGUAAUAGACAGGGACUGUGUAAUAGACAGGGACUGUGUAAUAGACAGUGACUGUGUAAUAGACAGUGACUGUGUAAUAGACAGGGACUGUGUAAUCGACAGGGACUAUGUAAUCGACAGGGACUAUGUAAUAGACAGGGAUUGUGUAAUAGACAGGGACUCUGUAAUAGACAGUGACUAUGUAAUAGACAGGGACUGUGUAAUAGACAACAGGGACUGUGUAAUAGACAGGGACUGUGUAAUAGACAGUGACUGUGUAAUAAACAGGGACUGUGUAAUAGACAGUGACUGUGUAAUAGACAGUGACUGUGUAAUCGACAGUGACUAUGUAAUAGACAGUGACUGUGUAAUAGACAACAGUGAGUGUGUAAAAGACAGUGACUGUGUAAUAGACAGUGACUAUGUAAUAGACAGGGACUGUGUAAUAGACAGGGAUUGUGUAAUAGACAGUGACUGUGUAAUAGACAGUGACUGUGUAAUAGACAGGGACUGUGUAAUAGACAGGGACUGUGUAAUCGACAGGGACUACGUAAUAGACAGGGACUGUGUAAUAGACAAGGAUUAUGUUACUUAUGGAGUGCCAAAUUAA